AUGGAUUCAGGAAAUGACACAAGAGUGAAAGAACUUAUCUUUCUGGGAAUUACUCAGUCCAGAGAGCUGAGCUGGGUCUUAUUCUUCUUCUUGCUCCUGGUGUACAUGACGACUCUGAUGGGCAAUCUCCUCAUCAUGGUUACAGUCACCUGGGAAUCUCACCUUCACACCCCCAUGUACUUCCUGCUCCGCAACCUCUCUGUUCUUGACAUCUGCUUUUCCUCCAUCACAGCUCCUAAGGCUCUGAUAGAUCUUCUGUCAGAGAGAAAGACCAUCUCCUUCAGUGGCUGUGUCACCCAGAUGUUCUUCUUCCACCUUCUAGGGGGAGCCGAUGUGUUCUCCCUCUCUGUCAUGGCGUUGCAACGUUAUCUUAAGCUUGGAAAAAUUCUUUUCCCUAUUCAUGCAUCUUCAAUUGCCUCAUCUUACAAUUGCUUUGGUCUGACAGUUCUGCAGUUCUUGGGGGGCUUCGUCCACUCCAUCGUGCAGAUCUCCCUCUUGCUCCCGCUGCCCUUCUGUGGACCCAAUGUUGUCGAUGGCUUCUACUGUGACGUCCCCCAGGUCCUCAAACUCGCCUGCACGGACACGUUCGCUCUUGAGGUCUUAAUGAUCUCCAACAAUGGCUUGAUCUCCACCCUGUGGUUUGUCUUCCUCCUUGUGUCCUACACAGUCAUCCUGACCAUGCUGAGGUCACACACUGGAGAGGGCAAGAGGAAAGCCAUCUCCACCUGCACCUCCCACAUCGCUGUGGUGACCCUGCACUUUGUGCCCUGCAUCUAUGUCUAUGCCCGACCCUUCACCGCCCUCCCCAUGGACAGAGCUGUCUCCGUCACCUUCACUGUCAUCAUCCCUGUCCUGAACCCCAUGAUCUACACCCUGAGGAACCAGGAGAUGAAGUCAGCCAUGAGGAGACUGAAGAGAAGACUCGGGCCUUCCGAAAAGCAAUAGAUGCUAUGAAUUCCAGAUUGGAAGAAUAAGAACUGAAAAAAAAUAUUUCCUUAUGACGCAAUAGAAAGUUCCCUUCAAUAUACCAUCUUGAGACCAAAUUUUAUCCUUGCUCUACAGCGGCGUCCUCUACUAAGUCUUCCCUGAGACAAUCACCUCUGUAAGUUUUUCUCUGGGUGAGACUGAUGGCAAAUUAGAGUUUCGCAUCUAUAAACUGUCAGCUCUUAAAGGAACUCAGAUGCUUACAUCAUCCAAACACCUCGUCUUCCAGGUGAGGGAAUAGAGUCUAAACAGAAAUCAUCUCUUGACUUUGGAGUUGUGGUAGCCUCGUGGGUUGCCUAGGAGAUAAUUAGUAAAAUGACUUCCAGGGACAGAAGUAAAAGUCUAUAAAACCCACCUACUUCUCCUUAGGUAGAAGUUGGUUUUCCAUCACUAAUCUUGGAGAAUUUGGUUUCAGUUUUUCUAAGGAAGCCUCUGAAUUUCCUUUGUAUAAGAUGAGGGAAGUUUCAUGUCCUAUCAAAGGUUUCCUAGUUAAUGAAUGGCAGAGGCAAGACUCUCAACUCUCGACUGAGUGUUCCUGCUGCCUCAGACAGGAUUUGUCAGAAUCUGAAACUACCUCACCUAUAAAAAUGUCUCCUCUGUGGUAGUAUCCUGAGAGGCACUUGUUGGUCCUUACUUCACAAAAGAGGACAUAUUGUAAGACUUGGGAUUCCUAGGAGAAUUUCAAUGUCAUUUUACUGUCCUUCAUUCCUGAGCAGACCCUCCAGGAAGAAAGGAAUCCUAUCCCACCUGCAUCUCUAGAACAUGCCUGGCUCACGCACAUGCCCAAGAAACAAAACCUUAAGAAGAAAAUCUACUUUCCGUCAUUCAGGGACUGAUCGGCGAAAGAUUACCAAUCUGCCCAUUCUCCUCAUUCUUUAUAGGAUUCUCUUUAGCACCACCUCUUUAAUAGAAGGAAGAAAUAUCAUUUGAUUCUAGUCAUUGUCCAAGAAACCUAUUUGUUAGGCGGAAAUUGGAAAUGAAUUAAAAUUUGGACUGGAUAUGUU